CUCAUUAGGAAGGCUCCCAGCUGUGGCCAGCCCAGGGCCGGGCUGCCCACCGUGCCAGCCCAGUUUCAAUGACCCACCUGAAGGUUUCCAUCGUGGGCCAGGGGACCUGCACAGGCGGGCAUCCGGAGCCAGGCAGUGGCCAGCCCAUCCCGGGCAGGGUCAUAGGCGGGGCUGCAGGCCUCGAGGCUGUCAUGUGAAGGCAGCAGCGACCCCAGGCAGGGCGGGCCAGGUUGGCCUUGCACCUGCUCUCCCCUCGGCCCUGCGGCCAUGCCAACCCUGGUCGUGGGCACGCUGCCCACCUGCCUGGGGGACACACCUCAGCCCGGCCACAAGAACAGCCAGAGGCAGGGGCCCUUCUCCCAUGGGGCCCCAGGGAGAGCAGCCGACUGGGAGGCUGUUGCCAAGCCCAGGCUCCACGCACCUGCAGCUGAGGAUGACGUGGCAGCCCUGAGGUGGCCCGGGCCCUCCCAGCAGCCGGACCCACCCUGGGCAGCUCCCCACGUGGUCGGGUCUGACGACCUCGAGGAGCCAGACCCCUGCGGGAAGGCCUGUAGCCUGCCCAUGUGGUCCACAGGCCCAGAGGCCAGGGAUGGGGACAGCUCGGUGUCAUCGGGCCGCCUCUCGUGCUCUUCGGGGGGCUACGAAGUGUGUGUGUCCUGGAAGGAGAGGCCGCCCCAGGUGUUGGGGCCCCAGCGGAGGCCCAGAAAGAGUGACCCGCGGCUGGAGCAGCUGAGAGACAAGAUCCGGGCCCAGGCGCGGCAGCAGGGGAGCUGUGCGUCCCUGGGCACCUCAGCCCCCUCCAGCGCCUCCAGACUCCAUAAAGCCUCCGCGCUGGCGCUUAGGAGGAAAACCCAAGAGGCAAAAAAUCCCUCUCCAGCCCCUGAAUGCUCAGGUUUCAGCAUCUUGAGUGCAGCUGAGCGCAGAGUUGAAGCCAAGGCAUCCCGUGGCCAGGGGCGCAAGCUCUCCAGGGUCUCCCAGCACCAGGUUCCUGUUCUAAGGGAAAAACCCAAAAGGGUCAAGAGCAGUUCUUGCAAAAGAGAGAAGACCCCCAAGUCGCCCUCCCCUGGAAGAGCGGCCAAAGACAAACACAAAGAUUCGGAGCUGGUUGGUGUUUACGCCUGGAGAAAGGGACAAGCUCUGGUGAGGUCGCUGCUUGGGCCGCCUCCCGUCCUCCACAGGCACCAUAGCAAGGAUCCCUCGAGAGACCUGGCUCCCACCGUGGACUUAGGAGACAGCGAGAAAGUCAUAGCUGCCGAGUGCUCACCGGUUUGUGCCCAGUUGCCCGAUGCCACCUCUGCCCACAGUGACCAGCAGGUGUCUGGGAACACACCCAACCUGGCUUCCUUUGACCAGCCGGCGACCAUCCAGACGGCCAUGGCCAUCCUACAAGACCUGCGCCAGCAAAUCCAGGCUGGGCUGGAGCUGGCCCAGGCCCGCAAGGGAGGGCAAGAGCUCGGGCCGUCAAAGCGGAGGCUGCAGGACGUGGCAGGGAGGGGCCCCUGCAGGGACCCCAGUGCCCAGGGCUCCUUCUCUAAGAGUCCCUGGGCCGUGACGGAGAGGAAGCUCUCCUCUUUAGAGAGGGCUAGGAGUUUCCACACCUGGGAGCCCUGGAGCUCCUCCACUGCACGGGAGUCCUGUCCGCAGACGGCCUGGGGGGCCCAAGGACAGGACCGCUCCUUCCAGAGGCCAGAGAGCCCCCAUGAGAGGUUGGGCCACUUCUCCCAGCGGCCCUGGAGCGCACUGGCUGGGCAGGCCUGCAAUCCACAGAGGGCCUCGGGGGCCCAAAGACAGGGCUCCUCCUCUCAGAGGCCUGGGAGCCCCCCUGAAAAGCGGAGCCCCCUCCCCCAGCAGCCCCGGAGUGCUGCAGCCACACAGCCCUGUCCACGGAGGGCCUGGACUGCCUGUGAAGACUCGGAGGCCCCUGGCCCCAGACUGUGGAACCCUCUGGAAAGGCCCAGUCCUCCAGCCCAGCGGCCCUGGAGCAGCUCCGGCGUGCAGAGGGCCGGCCCCCAGGGCAAGGGCAGAGGCAUCGGCCCCCCUGCCUCGGCUGCCAAGCAUGCCCUGCCAAGGCCCACCGGGAGCUUGCCUCAGAACCCACUUGGGAAGGUGAAAGACGCGCUGCGGCCCUGCCCCAGGUCCCGGGGGCUCCUGGGACCCUCGCACAGCUCCGAGUCCUUGCGGGAGUUCAUGCGCCAGAAGGCGCAGGCCCGGCGGCGGCAGGCCCUGGAGGAGAAGGCCUCGGCCCUGCGCACACGGGAGCUGAGGAGCCGGAGGCUGCAGGAGGUCUACCGGCAGCAGAGGGAGGCCGUCCUCGGCAGGGCGGUCCCCGUGGUCUCCCGGACCACCCCUGGCAUCGUGACCUUUGUCCCCAGUUCUGCACAGUCCGGGGGCCUGGAAGCCUCCGGGAGCCUGGAGUCCCCAGUGCUGGAGUGGAGCAAAGUGACCUCUGGCAUGGUGCUGGGGGGCCAGGAAGCCCCAGGCAGCUUCUGCCUGUGUUUGAACAGAGCCUGGAACCAUGCUGAGACCCUAGAGUCCCCAGGGAAAGGGGGCCCCCAAGAUGGCCGGGAUGCCCCCGUGCUGCUGUCAGCCUCACCCUCUCUGGGAUCCCUGGAGCUCCAGGACCUGACCACCCGUUACCUACCCCGGGGGCUGUGCAUCUACCUGGACCCGAAGGAGGCUGAGCACCUGGGAACUUCCAGCUCCCUGCACCUCCAGCAUAAGCAGGCACGGCUGCAGGCACUAGAGACCACAGCCAAAGUCCUCAAGCAGCGGGUCGAUAGCCUCACCGCCAAGCUGCAGGGUGCUGAGGCGCCGGACACCGUCAGGGACCCAGCUGUGGGCCUGCUGCGCUCGCACCCCCACAGCCUACCUGCUGCCCCCACGCUCGCCGCCCCCACGCUCGCCGCCCCCACGCUCGCUGCCCAAGCCUGCCCUGGAGCCUUGGGGCCCAACGGGGACAGAGGGGCACCUGGGGAAUGGGUGAGCGUGCAGCCCCAGCCCCUUCUCCCCCCAACCUACUUCCUGGAUGGCGAGACACUGCCAUGGGGCCCCAGCUGGGAGCAACAGCAGAGUGUGAGCCCGAGGGCCCGCCGCGAGAGCAAGCCCCGAGGUUUCCCAGAGGAGGGACACGUGGACGUGAAACUGGACAAAAGGCUGCAGAGAGGCGUGGCCCCCUUCCAGGCCCUCAGCCCCUCUGCGAGGAGCUCACAUGCAGGCCCAGCCACGCUGCACCCUAUCUGGGGCUCCCUGCGACUGGAGGAGACGCCGUCGGUCGGAGGGGCAGACUCUGUGGCGCCCUGCACCCCCCGGAGCUGCGGUCAGCAGGAGGACCCAUGUGUGAGACGCCUUCCCAACACCCAGCAGAAGACCUCCAGCUUUCUGGAUUCUCUGAAGCUGGACCAGCAGAAGCGGGCGUUGGCCCUCCUUCGGCAGCGGGCGGAGCUGGAGGCCUGGGAGACGCAGCAGACCCUGGAUGGGCUGCUCUUCAGGAGGCGGCUGGAGCAGCUGAUAGAGAGACACUCGACCCAGGCCAGGCCAGAGGAGGCGUUGAAGCUGGAGCAGCCUCCGAUUUGUAAGGACCGAGAGCCGACCACAGCCUCUCAGAGCAGAGGGACGGCCACACCCAGGUCACACCCGCCUCUGGACGCAGAUGCUGCCACGUCCUCCCAGGGUCCCGAGGACAGACCAGAGAGUGUGGUGGCCAAGCCAGCCUCUGCAGAGGUGGUGGGCCCUGACAGAGCCCUCUCCCAGCUGCCCCUGGCCAAGCUCUUCCCUCCGGACAACCCCAUCCACCAGAUGCUGGAGCGGAGCCUGCGGGAGGAGGAGCUGCGAGCACAGCACCAGGCCGCGCUGCUGCGCCUGCGAGAGAUGGCGCUCCAGGAGAAAACGCUCGCCGAGCUGGCCUGGCUGGAGCAUCGACGAGGGUGCCUGGACAGCAAGAGGGACAGAGCUGUGCUGGCCGCGCUGGUGGAGAAGCAGCAGCAAGCCCUCAGCAGAUUCGAGAAGGAGCAGAGGGAAAUCCAAUACCUGAGACACACGCAGCUGUUCAGGCACCGAGACAGGAAGCUGCUUCUGCAGCGUCAGAGGGACGUCAUCUCCAUGCCAGGGCCUGCGGACACCCUCCCCAUCCCGGGGCCCACAGACGAUGUCCCAGUGCCUGAGCUGCAGGCCCGGGCCAAGCUGCAGCAGGGUUCCAGCCCCAAAGUCAAGGCCACCUGGGAAGGAGGCUCAGAGACAAGCCAGCAGCCAGAGGCCUCCCUGUGUCCCCUGACCCCACGCAGGCCCAGCAGCCCCACCAGCCAUCGUCCCCGGAGCAGCCCUGCAAGCUCGAAGGCCACGCGCCCUCCCGCUGAGCAGCAGGAUGUGAUGCCGCUCCAGACAACCUCCGAUGCAGAUGGUCACCAGCAUCCUCUGAGGCCAGCGUGGGGCGAGGACACACACGACCCCCGGGGCCCGCUGGUGAAGAGUGGCAGCCACGUCAGCCAAGAGCCUGGGGAGCAGCCUCGGGCCCCUCUGCUGGGCCUGCAGCAUGUGAGCCCCCCGGAUGGACAGCGGCUGGGCCCAGCCUUUCCCGCCGAGGAGGCGGAAGGGCACCUCCCCACAGCUCAGCGCAGGUCACGGGAGGCAAAGGAGCAGCCCCCAGGAGACCCUCAGACCAAGCCCGGCCCUUCCUUAGUGGGGAAGCCCCGGGCUCCGACAGACAGCCAUGUGGGGAGCUUCGGGGAACGCAGCCGACGCUCCUGGGGCAGAGAAGGUCCUUGUGGCCCACAGGAAGCCAGCCAGGUGGCUGAGGACAGCAUGAAUGAAGAGGGCUCAGAAUUGGGGCUGGAUUUUGCUGAGAACCCCGUGGAGGAGUCCCAGGAAACUGAGAGCUGGCGAUCGGGGGAGCAGAGGACGGAGGCCUGUCGGCAGGAGGUCCCCAGCGUCUCCUCCACCUGGCUGGAAGCUGCCCAGGCCGCUGCCUCCCCAGCAGCUCCUGUGGUCCCUGAGGAGGCGGCGCCCCCGAUCCUGCACCAGGGCAGUCCCCUUCUCCCCACCACCUCCUCCUGCAGUCCAGGCUCUGAGUCUGCUUCUGGAACCUGCUGGGGGCCUUCGGAAGAAGCCACGGUGUCAUCCCACACCUCCCCAGCAGGCUCUGUGAGCAGCCUGUCAUGUCCCUCUCUCUGGGAGUUCCAGAAAGCAGCGGCUACCCUGAUCCAGCUUUCUGGGAGCUCCAGCUCUCUUCCCGGCUUGGAAGCUGAAAACUCCCCAUACGAAGGUUUUAGCUGGCCUGGAGAGCUCUCUGCCCGACACUCCUCGGAGGAAGCUGGCCUGCCUUUGUCCUGGCGGCCAAACCAGGGUGAGCCUCGGCCUGGCAGUGCUCCUGGGGGUGGAGGACGGGUGACCUGGCAGAGGCCCCAGGGCCGCGGGACCGGCCCCCUGCGUGGCUCCUCCUUGGACAAGGCCGUGGCAGAAGGUUCAGUGCCAGAGCAAAGCCCAAAGGCAGGCUGGCUACUGCCUUUCCCAGACAUCCCCUCUCCAAGGUCAGGGUCAGAGCUGUCAGAGGCCUCCAGCAAAGUUUGGGAGGAGGACAGCGAGGAGGAUCUGCCAGAACCCUGUACCGGGGCCGAGCCAGCCUCGGGGAGCUCCCUGCCUGCAGGUGGCUCAUUGGGCCUUGGAAGCCGCGUGGAGCCCCAGGUGGCUCCUCCCUCCCCACAGCCCGGGGAGGGGCGGGAAGCUUCUGGGACCAGCGAGAGCCUGAAGGGGGUGUCAGACAGAGGAGAAGCCCUCCAGGCACCCCCUGAGGCCGCCGGUGUGGUGUUCCCGCCCCAAAUCUCUUCUGCCGGUGACUCGGACUCACUGCUGGUCUUUCCUUCGGGGACCUCUUCGAGUGAAGGGGCAGAUUUCAGCAAAGGAGGAGAGACUUCUGGCUACCAGGAGGGAACCCGGGAUGCUGACCUGCGUCCGUCCACCAAGAGCAAACUCCCGCACCUCAUGCCAGAGCCUGAGACCCCGGUGACCCUGCAGGCUCCUCCCGGGGACCCGGGCAGGCUGGCACCCCCAGUAGCUGAAAGCCAGGCGCCUGGGCCUGGUGGGAAUGGGGCCCCCACCGUCCUGGAGGAAGCCUGUCCUCCACUUGCCAGUGACGUCUUGACUGAGAUCCUGUCUCCCGUGGACGAGUUGCUGUCCUACGGCAGUGCUGACCUCCCGUCCUCCAUCCACAGGGAGGCCCGCCUACCCCCACCUCCUCCCACUCCCCAAGCACAGAGUGAUGGCGAAGACACCAACCCAUGCUCAGAUGCCUUCCCUUCCCCGCCCUCGGGGCCCCUCGGGGAGGACACCGCCAUCACCACCCAGGAUUUGUCCUCCUUGUCUGAGGAUAGUCUGCCGGAGGAACUGUUUCCUGGGCCCCAGGGGUCCGCGGGAACCCAGGAGUCAGGGCUCUGCCCAGGGGUGCCUGGACCAGGUGGAAGCCUUCAGGACCAGUUGGGUAGAUGCAGUUCUGCAGCAGGGAAUGAGACCGGAGGCAGCCAGUGGCCUGAACCUGUCAGCUGGCCAGGGCACCCGUCAUGUGAGGGGUCAGGCAGUGCCCCUGGAGGGCUCCCAGGGCCAUCAGUGCAGCCCCCAGCUCCAUCCAGAGUGGACUCUGUGGCCAGGGAAGGUCUGUCAGGGCUGUUGGCAGCUGGUGAUGCAGACAUCAUGAUUGGCAGUCCAUCGGAGGACCGGGCUCCUGUUUUGGGCACAGGGUUCUGGGCUGAUGUCGCCUUUGAGGAGGUCUUGGGCAGUCGGGGAGAGCCCUGGGAAGGAGCACAGAGCUCUGGGUGUGCAGAGAGCCAGGGAGGGGCGGGGCAGCUCUUAGUGGGUCUGGAUGAGCUCCUAGACACUGCUUCAUCUGCGGCAGGGUCCCUGGGCAGCCGAGCCUGCUUGGCCAAGACCCCCACCAGGGGCCAAGACCCCAAAGAAAUGCUGGGUAAAAGCAGGAAGGCAGCCACACCUCCAUGUCCCUGGCUGGCAGCCCCGGCAGCCUCUCCCCCAGGCCAAGUGCCCUUGGCCGCCAGUGGAAAGUCUGGGUCCCUUGAGCAUGCCGGUGAGGACGUCGAGGGAGGCCUGAGCUGCCAGCUAGAGGACCCACCCAGGCCCGAGGGCUCACUGGGCAGAAAGCCACUCCUGGAGACAGACUCAGGCCGCUGUACCCAUCUCCCAGGUGUGGAGAGAGACCAGGCAGUGGACUUGGCCUCCAGGCGGCUCACCAGGAGGGUCCUGCGCGACUCCUUAGCAGCUGUCUCCACACGGGCCCCCAGGUGCAGCCCCUAGGGAGUGUUUUCUGGAUCUACAGAGAUGCACAGGCGUCCACGAUGUCAUUGUGAGCUGUGUGUGGCACACACAUGCACACGUGGGAGUAAGAACCUAGAGGCCUGGACUUACCCAGGGUGGACCGGCCAGGCGGCCAGCUGUGCGGGACGGUCCCCUGGACCUUCCCAGGGUGGGCCGGGUGGGCGGCCGGCUCUGCGGGACGGUCACCUGAAGCCGGGCCCGGACUGCACACCUGCUUCUUCGCAUCAAAGCCACGAAGAGGCAUCCAAGAAAAGGCGUUGCAGCCCAGAGGCAAGAACAGUCGGAGUUGCCAAGAGCAGGAACCAGGACGGGGCAGAGCAGCGCCUAUGCCAGGAACGGGGUCAUGGGGAUCGGCAAAGGCCAAGAGAGGAAGAGAGAACAUUUGGGGGAAAGAAGAGCUGGGGUGGGCCCGGCUGGUGCUGACUCACACCCCUGAACCCUGCUUAGAAGUCAGGGGCAUCUGCCUGCUUUGACUUUGGAGGCUCCCCCCCAACACCCAAACUGCCGGCACAUGACGUGCAGCUGGGUGGACUGGGCAUGGGUGUCUCACACCUAAGCUGCACAGACCAGAGGAAGCCGUAGCUCAAGGGCCCAAGGUCAUUUCCCCACAGCCCGCACAGCCAGGGGCUUGUCCUUUGGGGGUCAGUGGCCCAAGGUCUCUUCUGGAACGUGCUCAGGACUUGCUGUGCCUGGAAGGUCAGGGCAGCCGAUUUCUCCUGGUGCCAUGGGCUUUUCUUUGCUUCCAGAGGAUUCGCUGGGACCCCUGUAAUUUCUCUGGGACCCUUUUGAAUUUGAGGGUCUCUUCUUGAAUGGGGAGUUGAUGAGCAGCGUGUUGGCCUUAGGGACAUCUGUGUCCCUGCACUGAUCCCUCCAGGAUGUGGCUUCUCCUGUCCAGGGCCUCAGGCCUCCUCCACUUUAAGAGAGGAGCACACUCCAGACUUUAUGCAUGCAGUCUGGUGGGCGGCAUCACAAAGCUGGCCUGGCAAAGCCCUAAGAUGCCAGGUCACAGGACACACGGAGCUGCCAGGGCCCUCUACCCCAUAGCUCUGGUGAGAGACCCCAGGCCCCUUAGAACCUCUUUGGGCCCCCUGCCGUGAGGCAAGAGCCCCUCUCCAGACACCCCUUGCCGGGCAGCAGCUGGACCCAGCCUGCCUUCUCCAGCCCCGGGGCGGCUGCUCAGCCCCAGGUGCCGUUAACAAUGGCCGGCCUGUGUCAGGGUCCCCAUUCACCGUGUGCACAGGAAGCCCAGCUCGGGCCACGCAUCUGAUUUUGGGCCGGCUCCUGCCCAGCCCGCCUGAGAAUGCAGAGGUUUGGAUCCAGUGGGGAAUGUGUUCCUGCUCCGUGCUCUCAAUUUCAGAACAAACUUUGAGCUGAGCUACAGCUUUCUCAUUGAUCCCCUUCUAGUCCUCUGAACACAUUAGUCUGUGAUUUUUUAUUUUUUUCCAUUUAUUGCUGACCCUUUUGGAUUUAUGAGGCUGUGUGAGAGGAAUUACGUAUUUCACACACACGCAUCUGGCAUGACGAUAAAUCUCCCCCACCGAAGCCCCGCAGAUUUGCAGCGAAUCUGAUGGCUCCCCAGCUCGCCGCCACAUGGUUGGUGCUGACGUGCGGUGCGAUGCGGUGGCAGCUGCAGUCACAGCUGGAACCAGAGUGACUUUCCCUGGGAGCCCAGAAGGUGCCUCGCGUCGCUGGCAGGUGGCAGGGUGCCCUUGAAGGGGGCUGGUCGUGAGGAACGAAGGAAAACCUGGGCCAGGGCUUCCAAGGACAGCGGCCCUGGAGGGGGCUGGAGCCAUCAGGUUACUCUGACUGCCGGAGAAAAAGCCGCUCCACCAGAGGUGUAAACACAUUUAAUCUCCCAACACGACGUAUACAGAGUGGAGGGCUUUGGCAUUCAGAUAUAUUGACCGGGCGAGAUGGUAAUCCAAGGUUCCUCCCCUUCAAGGUCUCCUGCUGUACUUGCCUGGGCUCUGAUCUGUCGUCACCGCUUGGGCCAAUAAAUCUUGAUACCAGC